CUCCUGCCUCAGACUCCCAAGUAGCUGGGAUUACAGGUGCCUGCCACCACACCCGGCUAAUUUUUUGUAUCUUUUUUUAGUAGAAACAGGGUUUCACCAUGUUGGCCAGGCUGGUCUCGAACUCCUGACCUUGUGAUCCACCGGCCUCGGCCUCCCAAAAUACUGGGAUUACAGGCAUGAGCCACUACGCCCGGCCUAAAACAAGACCGUUCUUAAGAUGUAAACACCGAAACUAAGUGCAUUGCUUCUUUUUCUCCCUUAUUUCAAACACGCGUUUGCUCCUCUAAACACACACACAUACACACACAUGUGUAUGCAUACUGUGUAUUAAUUUGGGAGUUUUGGAUUGAUCACAAAAGAACUAAAUUAUAAUUCCAAAUUAAAGUUUGAAGUACUUCAAUGAUCACAAAAGAUACAUUGGGCUGAGCGCAGUGCCCACAGCUGUAAUCCCAGCACUUUGAGAGGCCAAGUUGGGCAGAUCACCUGAGGUCAGAAGUUCGAGACCAGCCUGGCCAACAUCGUGAAACCCUGUCUCUACUAAAAAUACAAAAAUUAGUCAGGUAUGGUGGUGUGGGCCUGUAAUCCCAGCUACUCCAGAAGCUGAGGCAGGAGAAUUGCUUGAGCCCGGGAGGCAGAGGUUGUAGUUAGCCGAGAUCACACCACUGCACUCCAGCCCGGGCAACAAAGUGAGACCCCCUCUCAAAAAAAAACAAACAAACAAAAAAAAGAUACAUCGAAAAGGAGAGUCAUCUAGUGACUAAGAUUAAUUUUUGCUCAGCGGUUUGGGAAGACUGGCAGUCAGAAACCUAGCAUCUUCUUUGUGGCUUUUCCAUUAAGUUUUCACCAUUUGAUUAUGGGCAAACCACUUUUUUUCUCUGGACACCAUUUUGUUCCUCUGUAAAAUGAGGGGUCUGUUAGGGAAGCCCCAGCAUUCUGACUCUGUACUGUCACACAUACUUUAGUGUCUUUGCAGUACUGUCGAUGGUUAUAAUGGACCCUUGUCCUAAAAGGGAUUCAGGGAAUAGGUUAUUUACUUUCCUUAGGCAGUGCCCCAGAUUUUGAAAUUUAGCUUUUCUUUUUCUCUUAUCUGUUAGUGAUUGCAAUUACGAUUCAUAUGUUGUUUCUUGUGAGUAGUAGUGGUUGUUUUGUUUUGUUUUUGUCUAUCUUUACCAGAGUGCAGCAGUUCUCCAGUCCAGGGACUUAGGCUUUCUUACUUUUGUUGUUGUUAUUAUUACUACACAUCAGAUUCCCUAUAGGGAGUAGGAAAACCUACUUCAUAUAUAUAUAUGUACAGUUUCUUGGUUGUUUUUUUGUUUGUUUGUUUGCUUGGAGAUGGAGUUUCGCUCUUGUUGCCCAGGCUGGAGUGCAAUGGCACGAUCUCCACUCACUGCAACCUCUGCCUCCCGGGUUCAAGCAAUUCUCCUGCCUCAGCCUCCUGAGUAGCUGGGAUUACAGGCAUGCACCACCACGCCCGGCUAAUUUUGUAUUUUUAGUAGACAUAGGGUUUCUCCAUGUUGUUCAGGCUGGUCUCGAACUCCCAACCUCAGGCAGUCCUCCCGCCUCGGCCUCCCAAAGAGCUGGGAUUACAGGCAUGAGCCACUGCGCCCGGCCUUCUUGGUUGUUUUUUUAAAGCUAGCAUCAGUAGAUACAAUAUGUAUUUCUGUGUUUUAACUACUUUGUCAAAUGCUUUUUAUAUAUAUUCCCUCAAUCCUCACGGCUAUGUGUUUUAUUGUACUCAGACCCCUGGGUGACCACCAAGCUUAUCUGUAUGCCUGAGCAUCUGGCUGGCAUGAUGUCUUGGGUACUCGCCCCUUCUAUGGGCUUGAACUUCUUGUUCUGACUGCCCCCCUCCCCAGAUUGCCUCUUUCAACUCUCUGUCUCCUGAGCCUUGUAACUAUGAAGCCAGUGCUUGGCCCAGUUGCUAGAUGUUGACCUCAUAAUUAUAUUUUUUCAGUUUGACCACAUUUAUGAUCUACACAGUAUGAACUGUAGUCUGGAAUAUGCACUCCUUUGUGCCUGGCUAGCUUCAUUCUUCUGGUUUCUGCUCUUGGUCUUUUGGCUGGUUCACAUUUUGCAGUCUGCUGUUUAUGGAUAGAAUUACUGAGGCAGAAUAUGUGAUAUCUGAAGGUAGCAGAGACCUUUAAUUUUGGUUAUUGCCUUAGCUGUUGGGUAGGGAUGAACUAGUGAAGUGAGUCUGGGUAGGCUGGCCAGAACUCAAAAUAAUUUGGCUAUAAGGAACAAGUUUCUAUGCUUCUUCUUUGCCUUGGUAUUUUCCGCUUCUUCAGAAUAUAAGGGCCAACUACCACUUUCUUCAGAUAUGCUGCAACGUCCGCCACGCCCAGUCAUGCCUCUGCCAAUAGGCAGCACUCUCACAUGAGACAGAAAGGUUACUGAACGUACUGCCUAGUGGAGCCCCAAGUUGAAAUCACACUGUGACUGGACAUAGCAGCGGGCCUGUGAUUACUUGAAUGUCUGUUUCAACUUCAGAAGUGAAAGUGGUAAAACUGAAUCCAAGAGCACCUUAAAGAUUCCCCUCCUUUUAUAGAGGAAGAAACUGAAGCUAAGAGCAGUUAAAUGAAUUUCGAAGACUCUUAACUAUUAAGUGACACAGGUUUUAAAAUCUGGCCUUCUGACUCAAAGCCAAAUUAAUUUUUUCCCCACCAUGUCAGUAAAUUGAGGGUGUAUAUGUGUGUGUCGUUUGUGGGGGGCGACUAGUUUUGAGAGAAUGGGGUUGUUGAGGCUUACCUGAUUUCUAAGGUAUUUUCCAGAGUUUUCCUCUGGUAUAUUCGGACUGUAUUACAACAAUAUCUUCCCCAUCCCCCUUUUUUUUUUUGGACAGGGUUUCCUCUCACCCAGGCUGGAGUGCAGUGAUGUGAUCAUGGCCCACUGCAGCCUUGACUUACUGGGCCCAGGCAAUUCUCCCACCUCAGCCUUCUGAGUAGCUGGGACAAUUGUGUGUCACCAUGCCCACCUAAAUUUUUGUACUUUUUGUAGAGACAGGGUUUUGCCAUGUUGCCCAGGCUGGUCUCAAACUCCUGGGCUCAAGCAAUCUGCCCACCUCAGCCUCCCAAAGUGCUGGGAUUACAGGUGUGAGCCAUGGCACCCAGCCACCUCCAGACUUUCAUAAUUUUCAUCACAUAUUGUACAUACUUAAUUAUAUUAUUUAAUUAUGUGUAUAAAAAAGAUAAGAAAGCUAGAAUUCAACUAUGUUGUAUUACCAAGGCCUUUCUGUACCCAAUCUCGCCUCAUAUUUUUUGUUUUUUUUUUCUGAGAUGGAGUCUUGCUCUGUCGCCCAGGCUGGAGUGCAGUGGCACGAUCUCAGCUCACUGCAAGCUCCGCCUCGCAGGUUCACGCCAUUCUCCUGCCUCAGCCUCCCGAGUAGCUGGGACUACAGGUGCCCACCACCACGCCCGGCUAAUUUUUUGUAUUUUUUAGUAGAGAUGGGGUUUCACCAUGUUGGCCAGGAUGGUCUCGAUCUCCUGACCUCGUGAUCCACCUGCCUCAGCCUCCCAAGGUGCUGGGAUUACAGGUGUGAGCCACCAUGCCCGGCCAAUCAUAUUUUUUCUUGUUACUAAUUAGAAUCAUGAUUCUCCUGGCAUUCUUCAUUUUGUUAUACCUCACUUCCUUUUCCUUAGCAAGAUCUUUGCCAUAGAGUAUGUAAACCAGGUUCCUUGCCAGUUAAUCUGUAUUGUGCUUUGUCAUGUAUUGUUACUAAACAGCUCAAGAUCAAGGGGAAGAAAUGUAUAUGAGGCUCAGUUCAUGUUCAGGACAGAGGUAAAUGGAAAUUUAUUUUUUUUUCAGCAUUGCAACAUUGCCACUCAUGAUCAUGAAUGUAGCCCUGUGUCAGGUACUGAAGGUAAUGCGAAAGGUAUAUAAGGUUGAUCCCUGCACUCUUGUUGGGAACUUGAGUGGUAUGAAUAGAGAAGGUGAGUUCUUGGGGACAGAGGCUACAGUUUAGCAAGCUUUCCUAUGCGGACCUUGGUAAUUUCUUUACAUUUUAUAGACCAAAGAACAAUCUUAACUUUCCCUUUUUUCUAAAGGCAUUGUUUAAAAACUAUAAUCAAAUCAUUGCAGUUUAUGGCAAAUGGCCUUUAAAAAAAAAAAUUCUAAAUCUUUUCUUCAUCUUGGAAAAAGACUUCUCUUGGAUUUCUGAUAGAAUAUUUCCAGUGUGCUAUGUUAGUGCAAGACAGUAACUUACAGCUAGACAAGAAAAAUCAGCUUUGUUCAAAGUAAGAGUAUAGCCUGUCCUUAUAGUGUAAUUUUUUUCCCACAAUUUUGUUUUAUGGUUCCUUCAGUUUGAAUAUACAAUUUGUGAGCUCAAAGCCCAGGGCAGCAAAGGACGAUGCUGAGUUAAAUGGGAGCAGUAAGCUCUGGUGAGUGAGGAAAACUCCAAGCUACAGUUGUUAGAGUCCCUAAGUCUGGAGGUCAGAGAAAGAUGCACUGCCCCCAGUGUGUUCACGUGACACCUAACAGAUUAUUAGGCUGUAAAGAGCAGGGCUUGGUAGUGGAGGGAGCAACCCAGCUCAUCCAAGGAACCAAGUGGGGGCAGGGACAGGCGUAAAUGCAUAAGGGGUAUGUUGUCACACAAAUGUCUUAUAAUUAGAAUAUCUAUCCCCAAAGCCCUGAUCAUGGAAGUCUUUAAAUGAACCCUUUAUUAAACUCUUCCAUUAUGCAGAGCUACAGAUGGAGCUCUUACGGGUUUUGGGGACCCCACUCAAGUCAGUUUUCAAGUUAGUUUGAUAAGUUGCUAUGACAGCAAACCCACUCUUCCUCUGAGAAUGAAUGCCUGCAAUCUUAAUACUACGUUAAGGUGUGGGUUUUUUUUUUUUAGUCCAAUUUUGAACAAUUUCCUGGAUUCAUUGUUCUUCGGGGUUAUAGCUGGGGAUUGGCAAAUGAGUCUCGCUUAUUUUUAAAACAGUUUUCUGAGUGGGUGAAUGUGGAAGGGUGGGCAUGGUAUCAGAUAAAUGAGUGUGUGGGUAUGCACGUACCUAUAUCAGUGAAAGCCAAAAUAAUUACUAUCCUUAGUGCUUGGAUUGGCACCAUACUGUGUUUUAAAUUGCAGAUCUAAACAGAGUGCUAGUUCACAGGAAAUUACAUUCUCAGAUUAAAGUAGCAUUUCGUUGUGCAGAAAGCAGCAGGUUCCUUCCUUUCUCUUUCAUUCAUUCUUCCUUCCUUUCUUUCUUUCUUUCACAUUUGUAAGUACAUUUAAUACCCAACUGCUUGAGGAGAGAGGGGCAUUGAGGGAGAGAUGAAUUUUGUCAUGAAUACUGGGGAAUUGGUGUGAUGUCACUGCAAGCUCUGUGUGAUCGUAGGUGGUAUUAGAGCUCCAGGAGCGAAAGCAGGGAGAGCAGUGGAAGAGAGACGAUGUCGCUCUCAGACAAGCAGCCAGCCUCUCUCACUGCCGCGUACGGUCAGCUCAGUAAGGGCAAGCCUGCAGAGUGCCGAAUGGACUCCCCAAAAGAAAUCAGUCAAGCCAGAUUCGAGUGGCAGAGGACAGAGGGCAAACUGAAUGAAAUUGGGCUGAAUGUCAGCAUGGACGGGCAACCGAAAGAUGGGCUUGUGAAGAAUGCCAGCUUCCUGGAGCAGAACAAGCUCUGCUUUUUUGAGGGGAAGCUAGACAAAGAGCUCAGCACUGAAGUGCAGGACAAGGACUGUCAAGCAGCCUCAGGUCACCUUGAGAGCAGGUAUGUGAUUUCAGAGACCUGCCAUCCCUUGGAGGGGAACUCGGUACACCAGAAGACCUCCGAGUUCCAUCUGGGACUCAUAGAGGGGCCAGACAAAAACAAAACCGUUCCAGUUCAGGGGAAGGUGGCAGGGAAGAAUGGACUAGAGACCAAGAGCCAGUCAGAUCUGGAUUUCCCUGGGGCUGCUGACAUCCCUACCACAUAUGUUAAGGAGCAGGAAACCAGUGUUUGGAACCCCAACUUUCAUCCAGUGGCUCAAGGCUCUCUGGGCUCAAGGGACACAACUCCGGGAGAGAUGGAGAAUAGCAUCACCCCUGGCUGCCCAGUGAUUGGGGUGGUAAAUGAUAACUCUGAGCAGCUGAAAUGUGAGUCCCCACUCCUGGUGUCUCUAGCCCACCCAGCCCCCAUUAUUGAGCAUUCACCCACCGCCAUUCCGCCAGUCACUAUGGUGUUCACCCAGGAACAUUUGAAUGCAAGCUGUCACAUCAGAGACCAUGAUAAGGAGUUGGAGAAAUUGAGUUCUACCGAGGAGGAGGAUGUGCUCAACCAAGCCCCCCAGCAGAAAAAGGCAGUGCGCAGGGCCCUGUCUGAAUGUUCUCACCUCUCAGUUCCCCCAGCUGUCAACCUUGCAGAUAAGUACCCUGAACUCCCUGCCCGAGAAGAGCCUUCUUCUGGCCUGCUGCCUCCACCUAGUAGCCCAAUGCCUAGUCCUACGCCUGGGAAACUGGGAGCUCCUGCUAUGAAGCGCUCCAUGACUGUGGGUGAGGAACAGACAGCUAGCUACAAAUUGAGCCCUGGGAAACUGCCCAUCUUGUCUACUAAAGAGAUACCUCCUUUCAUCUGUGAGGAACCAGUGGCCAAGAAGAGAGAAGAAUUGGCUCACUUCAGCAACAGCAGCAGCAACUCUGGGAAGAAGGAACUCGGCACUGCUGGAUUAUAUCUCCAUAGUAAGCUGGAGCAGAUUCCUGAAGGAAGCAGCAAGGGAAAAGGGCAGGAAGAUUUUAGCGAAACUAGAAUUGAUACAUGCUCGCAGGUUUGCCAGCGAGGAGAGAAACAGCCAGGACAGACGGCCCUGGCAGGGAAGAAAGAAAUUGAGGUCACUGCAACCCAGAGCACUCCAUCGUUCCUGUGUGAAAAGCCCCCACGUGAUGGUAUGUUUCUAAAUUUUGCCUCCGUUGGGAACAAGCAGACAGCAAGGAAGGAACCAAAGUGACAGAUUACCGGCAGAGCACUAAGCAGCUUUUUACAGCUGGGUUCUGUGACUGCCUGGGGAAAGCUUAAUUCCCUUGUGUUGGAAGCUUGCUGGGAGUGAGGCAAGAAAGAGAACAAAGUGAAUCUUGCAGGGUCAAGCCGAAUGUCUUGCUAGCAUGACAGAUAAUGUGAAUUGAGUAUGCGGGUUUGGGGUGGAAUGGGGUCAGAGAAUGGUGGGUAUAAAAACUAGAGCCCCUUUCUUGACCUCAUGUCACCCUGUCCAACCCAUCCCCCAUCCACCCAGCCCUCAGCUCCCUGUUGGUUUGAACCAGAUGAUUCCUGAGCUCUAAAUCCUCCAAUCCCAACUGAUUGAUUUCCUUGCUUGAAAAUCUGUCACUUUGUAUAGAUUCACAAUGGGUUUAUCAGCACUAACCUCUUAUUAAGUUGCACGAUCUGGGUGGAAGCUCUGUUUUCUUUUUGCUUUUGAGAACGUUUUACUUUUGUUCAAACUGAAAAAGAACCCUUUAAAGCUAGCUAUUUAAUAUUCUUUCUGUGUUCUUCAUGUUUGACCCAAUCUUGCUUCUAGUUUUCUCUUUUUGUAUGUGUUUUGAGAGGAUUUGUGGGGAGAAAAAGAAGAAAGAGAAAGCAGGGAGAGAAGGAGAGACUUGCAACCUAAUAAACAGCUAAAUUUUGCGGUCUUUGUGACAGCCUUUUGUGUCUUUCUUCCUGGCCCUUUCUUUUCUUCCCCAUCUCCCAUCCCCCUACAGCUCUUAUUGUGGUGGUCUAAAAAAGCUUGUGUUUCUCCGAGUCCAGUUUGAGCACAAAGGGCCAUAAUUCACAAACUUGUAAAUGGGGAUUUAAAACAUGUGUUUUGCUUGUUUAAAAAAAAAAAUAGUCUUGUUUCCUGGGACCUGUUUUCUCUAAUAUUUAUUACUCUCAGUACAUUUUUUUGAAAUUUUACUUUUUUUCUUUGAAAGUAAGAAAUGGUAUUUUCUAGGGGAGUGGUAAGUAGAAGACAUACAGGUGUUUUGGGUUUUUGUUUUUUUAUGGAGAUAAAAAACAUUUUGUUUUUUAUGGAGGCAAAGAAGCUUAAUAGUUCCUCUUUGAUUUCUUAUGACUCCAGAAUUACAAGCAUUCAGGUGUCCCAUGCUGUUGCUUCCUUCUAGCUGUGACAGAACUGUAAGCUCCUCCUGGACAGGACUUUGUCAUCUUUUUCUUGAUCCCCAGGUGCUUUGUUCAGUACCACAUACCUUCUAGGUGAUCAUGAGUGAAGACUUUGUUUCAGAACAAGUUCUUUCUAAUUCACACUAACAGAAAUUUGUGCUAAUAGAAAAAAAUUUCAGAUGACUGACAAAUCCACCGAUCCAUUCAUCCGAUAAAUGUUUAAAUGCUGUCUCUGCUAACCACUCUGUAGAUAAAACUUUUAUAUGAAGAUUGUUUCAUUUAACAUGCCUACCAUUUGCGUUCACUAUCUAGGCACUGGAAAUUAUCCUUAUCCUCAAGCAACUUUCAAUCCAGUUGGAGGACUGGGAGGCAGUGGGAGGGUUGUGAAUCGUGGAAACAUUUUGGAGGAAGUCACAUUUGAGGUGGGCCUUGGAACCCUGGGAUGCCAAAUAAUGCGGAGGGAAAGCCUUCCAGGCAAGGGAACUCAUAUUAAACAAAGGUAUGAAGCCUAGACAGCUCAUGUUAGGUAAAAGAACAAUGGAAGAAUCUCAGGGCAUCCAGUCACAGGAAAUGUGGCCAGGCUGCUGCCAUUGUGUAUAUCUCUCUUGGGACCUCUGCUUCUCCCUGCACAUGUGUUCCAUUCUCUUCCUUUAAAAAAUCUGUAUUUCCUCUGUCAUCUCUUUUUGCUUCCCUUGUGACUCUUUCUGCCCAGGACAGAAUAGCAUUGAGUUGCCAUGGUUUGAGCUCUGUGGCCAGCUUUGUUACCACCAUAUAUGGCAGGGUUCCAAUGUUGCGUGACUGUUAUUUCCAUGUCUUUGUCUAUACUGACAAUGAGUGAGUAAUUAUAUCUUAUUGGCUCAGCUUGGUCCAGUCAGCUGUAUACCAGGUCCCAUAGCCUUCUUAACCAAUCUGAGCCAUUUAGACCCACCUGCUUCAUUCACCUUGAGGCUUCUCUGGAGGAGAGAGUAUAGGUUAAGGAAAUAUUCCAAAGCCGUCUUUACAUAUGUGGCAAGAAAUAAUGGGAGAAAAUUCUAGAAAGUUGUUUGGAAUCCAUCUUGCUAAGCUUCAAAUGUCCCACUGAAAAGUUUAAAGCUUACUACCAUGUUCUGAAACUGUGGUAACUGCCUAUGAUAGCAGAUAAAGUAGCUCCAGGUCAGCUUUAGGAAGAUUUACUUGUUCUCAGUAAGUGUGAUGAACUGGAAGACAAAGAGUUGAAGGCAAACAAUCCUGUUAGAAAUUUGAUUCAGGUAGUGGCAGAUGAAACGCUGAGGACAUGAGAGGGGAAAUAUAACAGGUGAAGAUAAAGUGAAACUGGAAUGUGGAAGAUGUGUGAGAAAAAGGAAUUGAAGGUCAUGCUGUGAUGUGAGGCUGGUUUUCCCAGCCAGUGGUAGUAUAGGUAAUGGAAAGACCCAACAGAAGAGCACAGUUCAGUGAAGGAGUUAAUAAGUUCCACUUCAGACAUUGCUUUUGUGAAACUCUGGGGACAUGUGGGUGGUGGUCUCUAGAAAUUACCUGAUAGCUGGGCUUGGUGGCUCAUGCCUGUAAUCUCAGCACUUUGGGAGGCCUUGGCAGGCAGAUUACUUGGCAGGCCAGGAGUUUGAGACCAGCCUGAGCAACAUGGCAAAAAACCCAUCUCUAUGAAAAAAUACAAAAAUUAGGUGGGCAUAGUGGCAUGUACCUAUAGUCCCAACUACUUGGGAGGCUGAGGUGGGAGGAUUGCUCGAGCCCAAAAGGAUGAGGCUACAGUGAGCCAAGAUCAUGCCACUGUGCUCCAGCCUGGGAGAGAGACCAAGAUCAGGUCUCAAAACAAACAACAAAAAAGAAGUUGCCUUGUGUAUCCAUGAGACAAGGAAGAGGGCUUGGUGAGAGCUACCAUCUGGGAGAGAGAAAGCAAUUUCUGCUUAUGCACAGUUACAUUUAUUUGUAUAGGUUGAGUUACUGCAUGCCUGUAUCAUAGACAAUGCGACUUUAUGAAAUAUGUUGUUUACUGAAAAAUGCUGAGCUUAUUGAAAAAUAUUUAUAGUGGUCUGGGGCCAAUGGCAGCUAGUUACACAAGUAAGAUCUUCUUUGAGCUUGCUGUAGAACAAAGGCAUUAGCCGGGCGCGGUGGCUCACGCCUGUAAUCCCAGCACUUUGGGAGGCCGAGGCAGGCGGAUCACGAGGUCAGGAGAUCGAGACCAUCGUGGCUAACACGGUGAAACCUCGACUCUACUAAAAAUGCAAAGAAUUAGUCGGACGUGGUGGCAGGCGCCUGUAGUCCCAGGUACUCAGGAGGCUGAGGCAGGAGAAUGGCGUGAACCCAGGAGGCGGAGCUUGCAGUGAGCCGAGAUAGUGCCACUGCACUCUAGCCUGGGUGACAGAGCGAGAUUCCAUCUCAAAAAAAAAGAGAAAACAAAAAAAAAAAGGCGUUACCAAAUUUGCACAGUUGUUGGCUAUGGUUUUUCCCCAUUACAUUUUAAAA